UAAAUGGCAGUUUCCCCAGCCAUCCCUGUUUUAUCUGCACCACAACCCAGUGAGGUAGGAUAAACUAAAAGGCCCAGGGUCGCCCAGUGAGUUACUUGGAGGAGCGGGAAUAGAACCUACUGCCCAAAUUUCUUACUAUAAUGGCAGAAUGCAAGCCAGCAGGCUCACUCUUAAGACAGGGCCAUGGCUGUGACCUUAUAAUACAAAGUGUGUGACUGCAAUAAUAGUCAUUGUUUUAGCAUAUAAGGUGCUUGGUGUUGGGGCAUGGAGACAAUUGCCCUGAUGCUGAGGUGAUUCGUGAUCAUAAACGUCAUGCUCGCUCCCCCCUCCCCCCCUUGCUCAUUCAUUCAGACCAUUUCUGCCCUGUCAGGGUUUGUUUAGCCACACCUUGGUUGGCUGUGGAUGAAAACAGUCAGGAGCAAAUAAAGUUCAAGGGAACUGCUGCUGGGGUCACUAUUUACUGUUCGGCUUCCUGUGUAUAAAAACCAUGCCAUGCCUACCUUGUUGUUAGGAAUACUCGUUUCUGUUUUCUCAUUAUAUUUCCGCAUUGAUCAGUUCUCCAAACGGCAGAAGAUCCCAGGCUGAGCACUCUCUUAGGAAGCUGCUAUGGCUGCUCAAGGGCCGUUUGAGAUGGGUGGCAAAUGUUGCAGCAGCUCAGUUUCUCCCCAGAGCAUCCUCUACCAAAUCCUUAACAAUGAAGAGCGAUGGAAGACCGAAGGGAACCCCCAGUGUUUCCCCCUUCCCUUUCCAAAUAUUGGCUGCCCCUGUGAGGUAAACCGAAGAGUCAUCCUGAAAAUACCAGGCGUCACCUGCAACAGAGCAUUGGAAGUGCUUCUGAAAACUAUCACGUUCAUAAGAAAGCUGCCUUCUUUUUUUCAGUUGCCCCUGGAGGACCAGAUCCUCUUGAUACGACAGGGCUGGGAACCCCUCUUCCUACUGGGUCUGGCUCAAGAACGGGUGGACUUUGAACUCUUAGAGACCUCAGUCCCCAGCCUCUUGAAAGCAGUCCUCCUUAAUCAGUCUCCGGAAGGUGAAUACAAACUGGAGAACUCUCCUUUGGGAGCAUCACUAGCAGAAGUUCAGAAGAUUAAGGAUUUCCUGGGGAAGUUCUGGAAUGCAGACAUUUGUGCAAAAGAAUAUGCCUAUCUUAAAGGAAUUGUUCUAUUUAAUCCUGACCUCCAUGACUUAAAAUGCCACCAUUAUGUCCAGGCCCUUCAACAGGAAGCUCAGCAUACUCUGAUAGAGUUUGUCUCAAUGACUCAUAGCAGAAGCAGGAGGAGAUAUGCUUGGAUGAUGGAAUCGCUUGGUUUUCUGAGGACCUUCAGUCCAGAUACCAUUGGAGAACUCUUCUUCAAACCCAUCUUGGGUGAUGUCGACUUAAACACCUUACUUCUGGAAACACUUUACACCAAACAGGACCUUCUUUGACAUCUGAUGAGACAUUACAGAAGACCAGGACUAUCAUCAAAAGGGGCAAGUUCCCCAGAACAAUAGGAAACCUUGCUUUCUGUGCACUGGAAUCUGUCUCUACCCCUGUGGAGAACCCCACCACACUGUAGGACUCUCCUGUGUUUUGCCUAUUUCCUGUUUCUUUGGUGAUCUGCAUUAAUAUAUAUAUUUCACCAGUCAUCCAUAUGCUAUGAAGGCCAGCAUUCUAUUGCCCUUUUACCGAUAAUCUCCACUAGAUAAUGACUUUCCUUCCUCUUAUUGUUGCAUUAUACUUGUUUUUAUUAAUGCUUUGCCACCCAUGUAUUUCCAGACAUUUAAUGGUUCAGCACAGGACAAAACAGCCCAGACGUCACUGUGAUGUAAAAUAAAGUAUGUUUUAUUUAA